AGCAGCCUAUAGAUGAAUUUACAAUUUGCUUGCUUGUCAAAGAAGUAAUUUUGUAGUAUAAUAUAUCAGCAAACUUAAGAGCUGCUAAAGGUCAUUCUUUGUUUGAGGCUUUCAAAUAAUUUUAUCAUUUGGAGAGAAGUGGGGACAUUAAUGAGCACCAAACGCCGCGGGCACCAGUAAGCUGCUCACCAAUCAAAAUUCAUCUCAACAAGUGGUGACGUCACAAGGUUCCAUGCUGCCUGCCCUCUCUACCAAAACAAUUUGAUAUCAGUUUCUAUGUUGCUGGGGAGUUGUCUGGUUUAGUCAGUUUUUAGUUUUUGUUUGCGAUGGAAGUCCAGUGGAUAGUCAAGUCUUUGCUUCCAAAAAUAUUAGCCACUACUUACUCAAAAACAGCCCAGCUUGUAUCACAUGAAAUUGGCACCAAAAAGGGAGGCAAUGCUGGUGACGGAGGAUUUGCCUCAAGUACGUUUCAGAUGAAAAUCAAUGUAAAUAUUGACAGCAAAGAUAUCGAGGAUUAUGUAAUUGCAAAGAUUUUUCCUCAAGAUCCAGCUAUGCGUGCGCUGCACAAUACAGAAUUGCAAUUCAUUAACGAAACUCUUUGGUACUCGGAAAUCGUCCCAGCUUACAAGUCUCUAGAAUUAAAAUACAAGCUAGAUCUGGGACACCUCUGGCCAAAAUAUUUUGGCUCCGUCGAAACAGAGUUUGCAGCAAUAGCGUUGGAGGACCUGGCCAAAGAAAAUUUCAAACUUGCGCUUCCAGCGGCCAAUUUGACAUUUACCCAUGCUCGUUUGGCCAUGGAGAAGAUUGCAAAAAUGCAUGCGCUUAGCUAUGGCUUAGCAGCCCAUGAUCCAAAGAAGUAUGAAGAAGUCACUAGUGCAAUGCAGGACAAUCGAUUUGGUGGACAAGGCGAUGGAAUGGAUCCUAAUUUCUUGCGGUCCACAGCUCAAAGAGGUUUAGAUCCUUUGCGUCUGCAACCAGAGUUUGCAAAUAUUGUCGAGGCUUUAGACAAGCAGCUUGAAGACCCUAUCAGCAUGCAUCGUAGGCUUUUGACUCGCCAUGACGAUUCCACUGAUGUCAUUUGUCAUGGGGACUUUUUGAGAAAUAACGUUCUUUACAAGCACCAGGGAGAGGAUGUUGUGGAUGCGUGCCUUAUUGAUUUUGCGACAAUUCGAGUGGCCUCUCCUGGUUCGGACCUCGCUCUUUUCAUUUACAUGUCGAUUGACCCCAAAGCACUUGAAGGCAAUGGCUUGGAAAACCUCCUGAAAGUUUAUUAUACAACUCUUGAGGAUAUUUUGGAUUCAAUGGAUCGCGUGAGGGAUCCAUGGAGGGGAAGCUUUGAGGAUUUGCUGAAUGACUUUGGCAGAUGUGCUCCGCUUGCCUAUUCAAUCGCAGCGUUUUUCCUUCCUCUCAUGAUGGCACCUAGCGGCGCGUUUCAAAUGGAGGACAUGAUGGAGAUGACUCCAGAGGAACAAGAAGAGCAGAACAAAAAUCUGGGCGGCCCGGAAGCAACAGAGCGACUUGUAAAUAUGUUAAUUGAUUUUCAAAAGAGGGGUUUUCAUAAAUGCUGGUGAUCUUUCUUAUAAGCAAUUGGGUUAAUAAAUUGAAAUGGCCAAGUAUAUUUUUACUCAAUCAACUCUUUUAUUUGCACAGUUUUAAGGGACUUAAAAUUAAUUAUAACACAAAAUAUUGUCAAACUUUCUGCGAUAUUUACAAAAUACAUUAAAAUAAAUAGGAUUGACAUUUUUGAAUGUAUGGUACUUUUUUUUAAACUACUGAGAAAUUUGCUGAUAGUGAUUUUUU